UUCUUGGUUAAUUCAAUUUUACAGACGUUCAAAUUAGUGCCCUGCGCUGCUCGUGAAAUCAGAGUGCGAAGUUGAUUGCAUAACCUUUGUGGUAACCGCUCACUCAUUGAGAAUCAUCUAAAAGUUAAAUAAGUGGAAAAUUAUUCUUUGCAUGAGUUAGCAUUCAUCAGUGUGGUGAUCAUAUUUUGUGGAACCAAAAAUAUAGAAUAACUUCACAAUGUCUGGGCUACUAAGAAAUUUAUUGCUUCAAACUCAGCGCAUGACACAACAAGGAGUUAGGCAGCACGCUGUGAGCACGAGUGUCCGUAAUCUCUUCAUCAGCUCUAGGUUACUCGGUGUAGGACCUCAGAUUCAAAAACCAGCUCCAGACUUUUCUGGAACUGCAGUAGUUAACGGAGACUUUAAGGAUAUUCAAUUGAGUGAUUAUCGAGGAAAAUACGUCGUUCUCUUCUUUUAUCCAUUGGACUUCACUUUUGUUUGUCCGACUGAAAUUGUGGCAUUCAGUGAUCAGAUGAGCCAGUUUGCUGCAUUGAAUACUGAAAUUAUUGGAGUAUCGACAGACUCUCAUUUCAGUCAUCUAGCUUGGAUAAAUACUCCAAGAAAGCAAGGAGGUCUUGGAGGGCUUGCUUACCCAUUGUUGAGCGAUUUCAACAAGCAAAUCUCAGCAAAAUAUAACGUUUUAAUCGAAGAAUCAGGCAUUGCUCUACGUGGACUAUUUAUAAUUGAUAAAGAAGGCAUACUCCGUCAAUUUUGCGUCAACGAUUUACCUGUCGGUAGGAGUGUUGACGAGACUUUACGGUUGAUAAAAGCAUUCCAGUUUGUUGAAAAGCAUGGAGAAGUCUGCCCUGCCAAUUGGCAACCUGAUUCUAAAACCAUCAAACCUAAUCCUAAAGAUAGUAAACAGUACUUCGAGUCUGUUAAUUAAAAAGUAAGUUUUAUAUUUAAAAAGCUGCUCUUGAAAGUACAGAAACGCAGGACCUCACAAUCGUUUCCGAUGCAAACCACAAAACUAAUGGAUUGAAGAAAAUAUAUUCUGUGCAGUGAUUUUUGCUUUAGAGAUUUUGCUAUUAACCGAAAAUAGAGCUUUCCUAUCUCGUUCCCAACAAUAUACCAACAAUGUGAUAUAAAUUAGUUUUUGAAUAAAAAAUACCACAAAACCGUAUUGCAACGAUUGCAAUGCUGAUUGGAUUUGAGAUUCAAA